GUUUUGUCCCGUGACGUCCCCUGACCCAAGGAAGAAACUCUUCCUUAAAGUUCCUGAACAGCCUUAUUGCGUCAUUAAACCAAACUGAUGAGAAGCGUAAUACAUGCUACACGGGAUAAAAUAUCAUUUUAUCCGCGAUUUAAGCCGUAUUUUCCUUAAAAUAUCUUCUCAGGUGGUGGUUCAGUGUGAUUGACCUUUGACCGAUCAAAAUGGCGACGACGCAGUUCAGUUUGCAGAAAGUUCCGCAAGGUUUCUUCAGUGCCGUAGAUACAAUCAAUGGCUUGCCACAAGAUAUUUUGGCUGAAAUGUGUCAGGAGGUUUGCCUGUUUCUACAGUAUAAGAUAGGUUCUGUCAAUACAGCAAGGUUCUGUGAAAGAAUCCAGCAGUCAGGUGUGGACAUCAGCCUCCAUGAAGUCCAGAGUGCCGUCAAUGCUCUCACAUUCCUCUUUAGAUCUGCAGCCAGCAGUCAGACAUCCACAUCAGAACUGGUGCAGCAGUGUAAGGUGAGCGGUGCCUGGACCAAGGACUCCCUGGCAGUGGUGAAACACGUCUGGGACCCGGGGAAACUCCUGACUGCAUCGGAUAGUGUCAGCCAAGUGCUGAACAUUGGACAGCUGAUUGACAUGAAAUGGAGACUAGGCGUGGCGAUUGGUUCAGACACCUGCCGCAACCUGAACUCCCCCUUUGUUGCCAUGACAAUCAAGAUUGCGGAGCCCUCGGGAAGUGUCGUCACCAAAUCUUUUGAAAUGACUGUUCCAGAAUUCCAGAACUUCUCCAGACAGAUGAAGGAUAUGGCAGCCAUGUUAGAAACAGUAUAGACCCUUCAUUCAUUCAUUAUGUAACCUGAAGUACUAGUACAUUAUUGUACAUGAAAAUAAUUCUGACUGUACAAAAACAUGACUGUUCAACAUUGUUACUGAUGUAAUUUUGAAUACAUUUAAUACAAUAAUUUGAAACAUGUGACAGACAUUUGUUUCAAAAGAGUGACGGUCUAUACUAAUCUUGUUUUGCUGUUUCAGAAAUUAAAGUCAUUUUUAUAACAUUCUA